CAUUUUCAUUUGCUAAUUUACAAAAUCACAAACCGAAUUGUGAAGCUAUGAAUUAAUCAUGUAUAAAGAUAGGUGAAAUGAACGCAAGCGCGUCGAGUGGGUGGUAUAAAUCAAGGCGUUGCGGUUUUUUCUGUAGCAUGAACAUGUUUAUUUAUAUAAUUGGAGACUUUGCCAUCAAAAUGAAGGGAGAAUGGAAGUGAGCUUUACAGAGGAAUUUAAGAAGAGCUGGUUAACUUCUAUUAUUGGAUUUUUGUUAUUAGUCGCCGGUAUUUUGGUGUUAACAUGGAAUGAGGGUCGAGCAGUACACCAUGCCCAUUCCUUAGACGAGGCCUUCAAUAACGUGAUUGCGUUGAAUCCGUACGAUCGGCUUAAACCCGAGUACGAAGGGCGCCUAGUGCACAUCAGUGGCCCUUUAUUAGUGGAGGAGCCGUUAACCGAACCCGACUAUGGUAUAUCCAUUCAGUCUGUCAAGUUAAAACGUAGAGUGCAAAUGUAUCAGUGGGUGGAAGAUCGAGUUCGACACGAUUACGCCCAAGUGUCAAUGCCACAAGAUGCCGAUAAUGUCGAUUAUUACUACCUGACUGAAUGGCGUGACAAGCUAGUGGACAGUAGGUCAUUUUAUAUUCGUCACGGUCACGAAAAUCCAACUGAAAUCCCAUUGAAAAGCGUGGUGCAUGUUUCACCAUCGGUCCGAAUUGGACAGCAUACUCUGGGAUCAGAAUUGAAAGAGAAAUUUACCAAUUAUAUUGAGGUCAGUGGUGAUGAAAGACCGGAACGUAGGGAUAUUAAGUUGCACUUAGGGCUGUAUUAUCAUUGUAACGAUGUGUGGAAUCCAGAAGUUGGCGACGUUCGUGUUCAGUUUUAUUAUGCAGGAAUUUCAGGGGAAGUGGUUAGUGUAGUUGGCAAACAGGAGAAUGGUGUUUUAGUACCUUACACCACCACCAGAAAUCACCAAGUCUUACUUGUACGUCAGGGAGCAUUGACUAUUUCCCAGAUGUUUAACGAGGAAAAGACAGAUGCAUAUUAUGAAACUUGGAAGUUUAGAGCAACCGGACUUUUUGUUUUGUAUGCGGCUUUUGUCUGUUUGGGCAGGCUACUGAAGGUGUCAGCUUGUCAAUUUUCGUCACUUCGAAGCAUACUGCCACAAGAGAUAACUUCCUCAACAUACUUAACUCUGGCUAUGUCGAUAUCAUUAUUUGUAAUUGCAAUUGCGUGGUUUGUGUACAGGCCAUGGGUGGGCGCUGCAUUGGUAAUGGCUGCAGUCAGUCCCUUUGUAUACUGUGUGAUGGGUUUGUAUAGUGUCGCUGAACAUCAAAGCAUCAAUUAAAAUUAUUUGGACUUACAAUUUGUUACUAUAUUGUUAAAUAAAAUAUUAAUAUAG